GCUGCCACGUGAUUGGUCACACGAGAAAUGACAACAAACUACGUACCUGCAUAACAUUACACAUGCGAGAAUUAUCGUAUCGACGGGAAUUUGUGUGUCUGACAACAAAAACGGCUCAGAAUUUGGCGAAAUAAGGGAAACACCACUUCUCGGCAGCCAGCUACAAACUACCAGUCAGUAGCUGAUCCUGUUGUUAGCUGCUCCCCCAGACGAGUCACGUGACCACAGUAUGUCCUACCCAGCUGUCCUGCAAGCCCAACCGCCGCACUCACCGCAGUACUACACUCAGCAGUACCCCAAACUCCUGCAGCAGCCCGUUCCUGGUAACUUGGAGGCGAUUGAAAUGCGGCCCACAGCAGGCUUUGUCAGAUUGCCCCAGGACCCGCCCGGCAUGCAGCCCCACAGAGUGAAUCACCAGAUGGAGACCCCUAUGUCAAACGGUGUGGCCAUGCGUCCAGCCCCGGACUACAACAACCCACCCACCUACAGCUUGGACGACCUCAACCGCAGGUCCCAGCUCCCCUACUCCCAGCACAGCCACAACUAUGAGGAGCUGCCCUUCCCGCCGGUGGCCGAGUCCAGCACCGACGACGUGGUGCAGGAGGACAAGCCGGCCGCCAUGCAGCGGCAGGGCUCCCACACCGAGGUGGACCAGUACUUCAACCCUGCACCCGUCCACUCCAUAUCCAGCACACCGCUGACGUUGGCCGAGCCCCCUGAGAAGAAACCCAGGAAGAAAGUCAACCCCAUCUACGACCGCUACGAGGGCCCCACAGAGAAGGUCACCACCAGCAGGGAUGGCUACCCGAAGAGCAGCAGCAGGCCCCCCUCCAAGGGCCCUUGCCUGGGCCGCUGCCUGCGCCAUCCCUUGACCAUCGUCGUCAUCUUUGUGUUGGUUGCUGUCGUCAUCGUUGCUCUCGUCUUGCUCAUGCUGGGCAAAAUAGAGACACCAGCAUCCUCCGGCUCAUCAGACAAGCAAAUCCUGCCGACUGUCAAAGUCACCGAUCCUCCAGUUACAACUCCUAGCUCUUUCACUGGCGGCUCCGUCAAUGACGAGCUACUGAAAAUAGUACGGGACCAACAGCUGAUAAUUCAGGACUUACAGCGGAGGAUUGGCUCGUUAGAGAGCAUGCUUGGUGGGGGAGGUGAAGUCAACGCCUCACUGAGCACCAAAGUGGCCAUGAACACGAUCAAGAUUGAGAAUAUACAAGACAGGAUCACCCCCCUGGAGGACUCAGUAACUGAGUUGCAGGCUUCCCUGACUAAUUCACUGAGCAGUUUGGAAGCCACCAAGUCGAGGACGGCAGCAUUGGAAAACUCAACUCACUCGCUGCAAACACAGGUGGCGUCCCUGGGAGCCUUGGUUGUAACGCAAGGCCAGCGCAUUAACGAAAAUGGGGAUAAGAACACAGCUCAAGACGCAGAUAUCAGCAGUGCACAGCAGAGCAUCACGAUCCUGCAGCAGGAGUUUCAGCACGACCUGUUUGAGGUCAACCGCACCAUCUACGGCGAGCUAGACACCAUCAGCAAGAUGCCCGGCCCGCGGGGCUUCAACGGCAGUGAGGGGCCCCCAGGCCCGGCCGGUCCCCAGGGCCAGCAAGGUGCCGGCGACCUGUCCCAGUGUGACUACCAGAAACUGUCAGACUCAUCAGCAGGAUCCUCCGUGAGUGUCACUAGAGGCCCGUGGACAAGUCCCACUGCAGAUAAAAUCUUUACUGCUUUCACGUGCUCAACGAAAGGCGGAACAUUAGCCAAUCUGGAGACAGACACACAGGGCAGGUACCGCUGCGUGUGUACAGGGUGGCAUGCACCUUCGGAUGGCAGCACGGACAGGAAAUGCUACUCGCAUUACUGGCGGUGCCCGAAGACAAGCUAGACCUCCAACAAAAUAUUUGUUUUUAAAAAAAUGUUCAGAGAAUAAAGUGAAAGAAAAAAGUGUACAUAUCUGUAAGCAAUUUUUGUAUGAUUUCUUUUUGUAAAAAUUAUCUUUCUUUAAAUGAGAUCUAAACUUCAAUAACUGUAAGAAAUCAUUCGAUCAUAAAAAAAUGGGGAAAAAAAAACCAACGUAGAACUUAUUUUAUGUAUAUAGCUGUAGCUAGCAUUCUAGCAUCUACCCUUAAAUCACCUUAGACACCGUACCUUGGCACGAAAAGAUUGCUGAGAGGGUUCAAAGGCAUUCUGUAUGGUCACUGCACAUUAACAAAAAAUACCAAGGGUUCUCUCCGUGCACUAUACCCUUGGGGUUUUCCUCUCCUUGGAUUUGUUGACAUCUUCCGCUACAGACUUCAGUUUCAUAUAUUUAUCCCCCCCCGGUCGAUACUUAUAGUCUCUGUGCAAUCUCCCCUUGUCUGUCUAAUGCGAGGCUAUAUCCUUGGGAGGAUUGCUGGUUUUAUUGUUGAUCAUUUGGAGGUCUGUUGUUGAUGGUUUGCUCUGAACUCUAAACUUGUGAACAGUUCCUCGGAGCAGUACUUUGUACACGGUUUGCUGUCCACUCGCUUCACGAUUAACCCACACCCUCAGGGCGCUCGAUUAUGCCUCCUGCAUUGGUAUUUUUUGUGCUCACUUGGGCCCGGCCCGAGCAACCAACUCACCGAGUCAGUUACUCAGGCAAGUACCCCACAGUGCAGUGUGAAAACCGUGGCGGUGGUAAUUCAGAAAAGUCGUUGCCCGUAGAGGCAAACUGGCUCGAGUCAAGUAAGCCAUGUGAAAUAGUGGCCUGAUACCUAUGUGUGGAUGUCCCUUGCUUUUGACAGUUCAGAUUCACAUGUCAAAUCUAAUUUCUGCAUGAACUCUUGACUCAUUUGGGGCACCCCAAGCAAACCGAGAUUGUUAGUUUAUUAUCGCAUAAUUGCGCAUGCAGGCCUAAACCCACAACGACGUUGCAGGUAAGCGCAAGGGUAGUAAUCGAAUGUGCCGCUUGUAGUCAAACCUCACAACCUUGAAGGAGACGCGACUCUCUAACCUCACAGCGGUGUACAGGUAUCUCUUUUUAUGGCUGCUCUCUUUGUUCAUGUCUGUUGACCUUACCUGGCGCACUUUUGUAGAGGUCAGAGGUCGUGCAGCUACAACAUGCAACACAGUUACCUUUUGACCACUGACGAGCAGUCUCAAAAGGAAGAAUGCCGAACAAGCACGUGCCAGAUUUUUUGUCCCAGCAUGUUUUUGGCGACGGAGAUUCACUCUUUCCAAGUUCAUACCUGCUUGAGGUCUCCUCGCAGUACUGUGUCUACACCUUAAUGUGUACAUAAUAUUCCAUUGUAAAUAAUUUGAAUACAGUGUGACUAGUUACUAGGUACUUAUGUAUGUGGAGAUAUUGUUUGAAACCAGAAACCUGUGAUUUGCAAUGACAGUGCCCGCAGAGCUGUGAUAUAAUGAUUUCAGCUGCUCAGAGCUUUUCGUUUUUACUUUGCCUUUGAGUGAUUAAUUUGAUUUAAGCAGAUUAUUUCUAUUGUUUGAAAUCACUGCCAUACUUAACAAUCUCUCUCCCAGACUUGAUGAUGGGGGCUUGAUACUGCUUAAGUUCAGUUUGUUGUGCUUUCAACAAUUGUCUUGUAACUUUUUGUCUUGGCAGCAAUAAUUUCAAUCUUGCAUUUGUUUUAUUUUUAAUAUUAAUGAAAUACUCAGAUACCAAAAAGUUCCAUUUGUUCUCAGUUUUGGGGAAAAAAGUUUAAAUCAGAUGAUUUGUAACAUUUUUCUAUUAUGUUUUUAUCAAUCAUGCAAGAGACAGAGAUGUACCCCAAAAAGCAGAUUUAUUUUCAAAUUACCUGCAGGAGUCUUUCAGAGGUCACUAAGCAGGUAUCCAGGGUCACCGGGUAAGUGCUGAGGCCCAAACUGAAUUAGCACUUACUGAGUGAAAAGUACUGGAGCAGGUUUGCUCCAGAGAGUUUAAAACUGUAUCUCUCACUUUUGCAGCUCUCAAGCACUGAUCAAGUCUGAAAUCAUUUGAGCAACAAAAGCAGUGUAUAAAAAUAUCUGGACCAUUAUGCACAGAGCAGUUACAUUUGAUUUGAAAAAUUUGUACUUUUUUUUUCUUUUUUGGUCUUUUUUUUUAAUAAAAAGUCAUGAGAUCCACAUUAGGUGCAAGUCACUGAAUGAAGAGAUGGAAAGAGCUAUACUUUACCUUGCUUGAUCACAAAUUUAUUAAAGUUCCACUUGUACUUUUGUUUCCAAUGGUACUUUCUUUUCAAAUGGUGCGAUCAAACUGUCAUUUUGUGCCUUGUACAGUACUGUAUCUAUACCAAUUAUGUCAAAACCAAAUACAGAGAUAACGUGCAGUGGUCACUCCAAUUUUGUACAAUUCUGUAAUUAUAUAUAUGCAAAACCGUGCCAUCAAAUUUUUUGUUUCAAGUGGGUAAAGAAAUGAUAUAUUUGUCGUAGACAUACUGUACGUACUCAGUUCUGUCAAAGUUUUCAUAGCGUUGCGUAAUACUUUGGUGGAUUGUGAAGUGUAAAACAUGCACUCGUACUUGUCUUUCUGGUUCUAAGGUACACUUCAAAUAUACAUAUGUACAUGUACGCAGAUCGAAGACAUUCAAGGUUGUAAAUGCUGUGGAUAUUGCAUAGGAUGUGGGUGGGGUCAAGUGAGGGUGAGGAGGAAUGCAAGUCCCAGGCCAAGCUGGCUCACACUGCUAUUGUGGCAGUGCACUGCGCAGCAAGAUGGCCCUGCGGAAUGACCAUGGUGUGCUUCCGCGUACGACUGAAUGUGAACUCGACAACAGACGUUGCUGCGUCUGUUGCAACAAAACACCUGUGGCUGCACCAAAGCAUUUGUGUUGUGAACAAUGAGUGAACUUUGAAGCAUGCUGGUCCACUCGUUCCUCCCCUUCCGGAAAGCAUAUAUCCACCACAUUGCUGUACAGAGGGAAGUACUUAUGCUAAGUGAACCGUAAUACCAGCACAUUAUCCUAUUGACACUUGAACUUGGGGAUUGUCCAGAGUUCUUCCUUUGAUCAGCAACAGUGUUGCAGUCGUGUGCAUCACAAGUCCAGUAACAAGUCUCUUCAGAAGACCGGUCACGAGUAACGGGCCGAACAGUGACAAAGCAGUGCAUCUGUCACAGUUCAUUGGAGUGGCUUGCGAGUUGGCUCCAGACGGGAUGACUGACGGUGGUCUUGUGAUGGACUUGACCACAACAUCUGAUACACAUGUUCUUGACAAAUUCACUUGAAGUUUGAUAUGCCGGGCUGGCCACGAAUGAAAUGUCACUGAGUUUGACAUGAAGGAAGUUGGCUGUGCUUAAAUGAAACGUCUUUGCAACUAGAAAAGCCAACCCGUCAAAGGUUAUCAUGCACAAUUAUCAUGGUUUGGAGUGAGACACUGGCUGGAGCACUGUUCCCAAGAUGCUGUUGGCGGAUUUGACAACCUCCCGUGGAGGAUUCGACAACCUCCCAGGGGAGGUUGCCAAAAAAGCCAACACUGAGGGACAAUAUUAUUCUACCGUCUUUGAAUGUGGUUGGAGAUUGAACUUAAGUGGAAUUUUAAAAAAAAUUAUUGUGCCCCUUAUAUGUAUCCUAUGGAUACGUGAUUGGUCGAUUUGUAAAUGCCAAUUAACCUUUCCUGACUUGAUGCAAAAGUGUCCCCUUAACGUUCACAGCCGUCAAGUGCAGAAUAAAACUUGGAAGAUCAACUCACUGUUGCAAAAUGAACUUCACGCUGAGGAGAAUGAUGUGUUUGCAGUGUCCAAACCAAAAUUGAAUCAGUUUUUAUGGAGACAUGUGCAAACAAGGAUUUACUUACAUUGGGUUUUUUGUUUUAAUUUGAAGUCAAAUCUUGAAAACAGUGAAUGUAAUCAUGAAUUCCACCCUUGCCAGAUUGUUCGUAGUGGUGACUGCUCAAAAUGGCUCCAGUCAUUUUGUUGCGAUUUUUUUUUUCACGAAAGCAGAGCCUACUUUAGGAAUAUUCAGCCUUACAUCCGUCAGUGUCCAUCCUAACUGAUCACAUGCAAACGUCCUGUAUAGUACAAGGGUUAAGUUUCAUUGGCCACAAGUUGGAAGUACACAAUUUUACAUGAUAUUCAGGGAUCGUCAGGGAUUGGUCGGGUAAUCCUUAAAGCUGUACUUAUGCAGUGGUUCCUUCGUGACCCUUUUACAAAUGUCAUUGAAACACGACAGUAACUCGGAUAAUGUUAUAAAUUUUUUCUCAUGGCAUUUUGUAUUCAUUAAACGAUUCUAUGUCAAAUAUAUAUUUUUACACAUUAAAAAUAUGUUUCUUUUGACAUGCUAAUGAAAUAUCUUAUGCACUUAAGAUUUUUUUAAUGGUUGUAAUUGUUAUAUGGGCGGUAGUUCAUUUUAGAAGAAAAAUAACGUGUCAAUAGCUUUAUUUUCUUUUUACCAAGUACUUAAACUCACUUAACAAAAGCCAUGUACUUUUUAUAAGACCUUUUUAAAUGAAUGCAGUACUUCGAGUAACAAGUGUUAAGAUUUAUUUGAGAUUGAUGUACUUUUAUCACGGGGGGGGGGAGAAAUGUUUCCGUAGGUGCAAUUUUGGAAUACUUGAAAUAUGGUCCCAUAUUUCAUUGAAGAAAAAAACUGGGUUACUUAAACCAGUUUGAUGUUAUUUGUGCCACACAAGAAAUGUAUAUCGUCUUUGUAAAAUCCAUUUUACUGUGUUUCAACUUGUGGCAAAAUGGACUGUGUGAAACAGCACAUUACCAUUCAUAUAAAGAGUGAAUAUGUUUGUGUUGAUAGUUAAAUAGCUCGAGUAAUUCCAGCCCAGUGUUCAUGGCUUUUGGCUUAUCCGCGACUAUCCUGAUUAAUGCCAUGAGCAUUAAGGCUGGGGUCACUCAAGCUAAUAAGAGUUUAAGCUGCUAAUAAGUUUAACAGCACGAGACUGACGUCGCUCGUCAACUUUUUAUGCCUCGUAUCAUAUACUACGUUCUAAAUGAAAUAAAAAAAGAAGAAAGACCUGCAAUUUGUGUAUUGCA